UCUCUGUUACAGAAAUUUAAAUGCAUUUAAAUUUCUGAAAAGAGUUUGUGGGGCAAUAGCAAUCUUUACAAUAAAUAAACAUCUGUGCAAAUUACAAAGACUAAGAUCUAAACAUGAUGAUGAAUGGAUUUGGCUCGUCUUCUCCAAGCACAGACAUUGAUGCUAAAGAAGUUAUUCAUGUGGAAAUUCUCAAGAAAAGACAAAGUUCAGCAUCAAAUGCUGACCUAGAGAAUGCCUUGUUGCAUCACCUGACGAGGGAUGGCAACGUCGUGACUGAUGCGACACUGACAGAAGAGGUCCUGCCUGUGGAGCUGCGGUGUCACAUUAUUUCUGUCCGCAUUAUCAAAGAUGAUACCACUUUCAACGACUACAAGCAUGUCAACUGCAGCAAAGCAGAGCUUCAGUUCCACACCUACAGCCUAGAGGACUCGGGCCCGGACACUGAGGAACUUCCUGGCACAGAAGAUGACCACCAGGAACCCAUCCCAGCUGCAACUCAGUGGCUCCUGCCCUCCACUGACUUCCAUAACUUAUGGGACAACCUCAUCUUCGACUCUGACAUUAAGAAUGAGCUUUUGAGCUAUGUGAGCACCGCUCUGAUGUUCUCGGACUGUGGCAUCAACCCAAACAUCAUCUCCUGGAACAGAGUUGUGCUGUUGCAUGGACCUCCAGGAACUGGAAAGACGUCGCUGUGCCGUGCGCUAGCCCAUCAACUAAGCAUCAGGCUGGGACACCGAUACUCGUAUGCCCAGCUAAUAGAGAUAAACUCGCACUCGCUCUUCUCCAAAUGGUUCUCCGAGAGUGGCAAGCUGGUGCAGAGGCUGUUCAGCCGCCUGCAGGAGAUGGCAGACGACCCCAGCUGUCUAGUGUGCGUGCUGGUUGAUGAGGUGGAGAGUCUCGCCAGGUCGCGCUGCUCAGAGUCGGCGUCGAGCGAGCCUGGCGACGCCGUGAGGGUUGUCAACGCUCUGCUCACGCAGCUCGACCAUAUCAAGAGGAACAGCAACGUGCUCAUACUGACGACAUCUAACGUAUCUGGCACCAUUGACCUGGCAUUCGUUGACAGAGCAGACAUCAAGCGAUACAUCGGCCUGCCUUCUCAGGCCGCCAUCUAUCAAAUAUAUUUCUCCUGCAUCAAAGAGCUGGAAAGGGGAGGCCUGGUGAGCGUGUCGCGGCCGCUGAUGACGUUACGGGAGCUGCAGCUCACAGACUGCGUGUCUGAUCAGCUGCAGCUCACGGUCCGGCACGGCGAGGACAAACUCAACCAACCCUCCAUCCUGCUCUGGCAAGUUGCCGGGAAAAGCGUGGGACUGAGCGGUCGCAGCCUCCGCAAGCUGCCUUUCCUGACGUACGUGCAGCGUCUACGCCGGCCCCCGCACACGCUCGAGGCGUUCAUCGCAGGGCUCGAGGCGAGCGCCGCGCAGCACGCGCUCGACAGCCAACAGAUCGCGCAACAUCCCGCGCCACAGCUCUAGUUCUCUUGUGUUUAAUGUGUCGAGUUGUUACUUUAAGCGUAGUAUAGCCAAGUAUGGAAGUGACUUAAUGAGCACAAGAACUCCUUGAAUAGUUAUGUUUGUUGUGUUGUUCUUUUGUGGAUGUAAUACUUGUGCUGUUCUUUAAUCCGUCUAAGUUUGACUUGUGAGAAAGGCUGUGAGAUUAACAAGUGGGCAUGUCGCCCUUAUAUUCUUAAGACUUGGAGGUAACUUCCAUAUAAUCCAGUUGCUUUUGUUCUUCCGCAAGAUUUUAUUUAAACAUCAGGAAACCGAGUUCGCGUUCACCAACUGACAGUGUAUAUGAUUUAAUGAUUACUCAACUGGCAUUUCAAAAGUGACGAUGUCAAAUCAUCGUCCUUACUUUUUUCUUACUCACCUCGCUAUAUUUGAUGACAAGAUUUACUGGCUCAACCAACUGGCAGGAGAGUUUCUUACUCGCUGCCUGCGAUAUCAGCAAUAUGUAGCAUAACAUUCAUGGAUACAAAUAGGCCAUUGAGUAACGAAUAGUAUUGUGAGGGUAGUAGUUUAUUUUGUUAUUAUGUUACAAUAAUACAUAUAAACAAGAAGAA